UGUUCGAAGAUAGCCUAUCCACUAGGUGGCAUUCUGAUUGGCCGAGACUGACCACCUGACCUAUAAAGGAACUUUCCUGUAGAUGGCGUGCUGAACAAUCCGGUAUGAUUGUAAAACGCACAACGAAGAAAUUCUGACGUCAUUCCUCGGAAAUAUGGAGUUUGUAGCAAAGCAGUAGGAACGAAACAUCGAUGAUUUUGAUUGCGUAUAUCUGGACCUAUAGCCACUGAAAUGUCGGAGUCUUUGAAAAUCACAACCAUGCGGGAGCGAAUGGAUCGCCUACAGGAAUUAGUGGAGUUUACCAAAAAUUGCCAGAAGCAGAUACAAGACAUGUACGACGCACUGGGAUGGUCGCAGGACAACGAACAGCACAAGGAGCCAAUGGAACUGUGUCCCUACGAUCCCGGCCAUCGUGUCCCUGUGCGCAGCAUGGAGAGACACAAAGCUUCAUGUUAUCUUACCAAGAUGGGCUAUUCUUCAGAAGAGCAGGCAGAGAUUUGUGACACUUCCCCAUCUUACAUCAACACCAGCAUCCGCAGCCUUACAAUGGACAAAAGCCUUCAGAAUCAGGUGAUCCUUCAGGCCAGAGCUGCUGCCCCGCUCAUGAAGAUGGAGGGCGUCUUCUGGCAAGGUCAUUAUUCCUACCAGCCCGUGGACGUGCCGCAGAACCACAAGCGAGCCGUGUGCGACCUCACCGUGGCCGACCGGCUGGCGCUUUACGACCACGUGAUCGGCGUCCUCAACCAAGAGAAGGCCGUCGCCGCCUCGGGCAACGAGGAGCUUUAUGUAGAUCUGGUGUCCAAGCUAAAGAAGGCCGAAGAACAGAAUGAGCCAAAGACGCAUCUGGAGCUGAUGGCGGAGAUGCGGGACUACAAGAGGCGGCGGCAGUCCUACCGCGCCAAGAACGUCCACAUCACCAAGAAGUCCUACACGGAGGUUAUCCGAGAAGUCAUCCAGGUCCAUUCGGAGGAGCUGGCCAGACAGUGGAAGGAUGAGCAUGAAGAGGAGGACAAGGAAAAAGAAGACCAGGAUGAGGCCAGAGAAGGAACAUCCCAAAGCAGGCGUCGGCUGGAUGAACGGCGAUCCUUGUCCUCGGAGUCCCGCCGAUCGCGUACCAGACACCGCCGUAGCCGCGAGAAGAGCCGCGAGAGAGAAAGCAAGAAGAAGAAAAGGAAAAGGGUUUCCCGCUCCCCGGACAAACACCAUGACAGCAAGAAGAAGAAAAAGAAAAGGAAAGACGAGCGAGGGAGGAGUGACAGUUCCUGACCAGAUAACUCAUGGUCGACUCAGCCCUCCUCACCUCCUGAUUGGCUGGCGGGAUUUUGCCAACUCGAGCCACGGAAUGUUGGACUAGCUUGCCACACCAG